AUGCAGGAUACGGGAUAUAAGUAUGGCAUAUCAGUCGUUGCCCCCCUCAGUCCAAUUCGAAAGCAUUGGAUCCAUCCUCCGUUUCCUUCUACCUCAUAUAGUUUCUCUACUUCCAUAAACAAUACAAAUCCCUACACAACAGCCAAUCCACCCAAUAUGUCUAUCGAACAGACCAUCGAAUCCAAAGCGCAAGCUCUCCACACACACAUCUUCUCCCAACCCCAAGCCCAAUACACCAACAACCCAUGGGCCCUAGUCACCGCAAUCGAGGAAUACGCCCUCGCCAACAAAAUGAUGACCUACCGCGAUGGCAAGAUCCAAGCCACGAAAGCGCAGCUCGAGCGCAUGCCCCGCGCCCCAACCAGCCUGCUCGAAUUCGGCACCUACGUCGGCAACUCCGCCCUCGCAUGGGGUGCCAUCUUGCGUGAUCUUAACCCCGGUGCUGAGUUGCCAAGCGUGUACACGUUUGAGCUGAGCGCCGUGAACGCUGGCAUCGCGCGGGACUUUAUUCGUCUUGCGGGUCUGCAGGAUAUCGUGCAUGUCGUGGAGGGGCAGAGCUCGGAGUCCUUGCGCGCGCUGCAUGCGGAGGGCAAGUUGACGAAGGACAGCGUGGAUGUGGUCUUCUUUGAUCACUGGGAGAAGUUCUAUGUGCCAGAUCUGAAGAUCGUGGAGGAACUGGGAUUGUUGAGGGUUGGAGGGCUCGCGGUGGCGGAUAAUACAGAUAUCCCUGGGGCGCCGGAGUAUGUGGAGUAUGUUCGGGGGAGUAAGAGGUAUCAGACGGAGGUGAUUGAUCUGGAGGAGUUGAAGCCUAUGCCGACCAUCGUGAUGAUUAGCCGCAAACCUCCGCCUCCGCAUCGCGAUUCCAUCUCAACAAUGAUGACCGUCUUCUCCCUCAUCAUCAUCAACAAAGCCGGCGGGUUAGUCUACCAACGCGAAUUCCAGCCCGGGCUCCGCAAACUCUCGACGAACGAUUAUCUCGUCCUAGCAGGAACAUUUCACGGAGUCCACGCCAUCACCCGCUCCAUAACCCCCCGAAUCCCCAUCACCUCGACCCUCCCUCCCACGGCCGCGACCGCAUCCUCCUCCCCCUCAACAGUGCCAUCCCCCUCAGGGACAUCAACACCAACCACCUCCUCCACAACACCAAGCGCAACAGCACACUCGUUCCCGCUCCCCGGCGUCCCCGUAACAGGGCUCGAGACGCUCGAAACAGACAAGUUCCGUCUGACGUGUUUCCAGACGCUCACGGGGACGAAGUUCCUGCUGUUUACGGACCCGAUGAUGGGGAAUAUUGAUUCGGUGAUGGGGAAGAUUUAUGAGUUGUAUGCGGACUAUGUUAUGAAGAAUCCGUUUUAUCAGUUGGAGAUGCCCGUGCGGUGUGAGGCGUUUGAUCGUCACUUGGGGGGGUGGUUGAGGGGGAGGACGUGA